AUGGGCGAGGAGGAGGAGAGCAACAAUGCACAUCCCGGGACUUMGGCCUCGACGCCAAACUCAACGAACGGUGCUGCCAGCGGAGUCAAGACGGCCAAGGACCGCAAAUGUCCCUUCUGCGGCCAGGCAUUCACAUCAUCGAGUCUUGGGCGGCAUCUGGACCUCUACAUCAAGCCGAAAAACCCCAAGCCGCCAGAUGGCGUGCACGAUGUCGUCGAGAUCCGCAAGCUACGGGGCGGCAUCACGCGCAGACAACCGCGGACGAGCCUGAGGGGUGCGGGCGGCAGCAUCAGCAACAACGAUCGGCAGGAGAGUGUCCUGAGCAGCGGUGACACGCCGGAGAUGUCGGCGCGGACGUCCACCAGGACGGAAUAUCGACGCCCAGUUGUGGAGGUGGAUGAUGAUACGCCCACCGCAUCGCCGCGGAGCCCUCACAAGAGCCAAGCGCACAGGAGCGGCCUCGGCACUACAAUCAACAGCGCCAACUGGCAGGCCACUGGUGUCAUCAACAAUCUUCCGCCCCGAGAGCCUUCGCGUAACACCACGCGGCCGGAAAGUGCCACGAGCGCGGGCCAGGCACAGCGUGUACACGAUAUGCGGCAUGAUGCAGGUGGAAACCGCUUCCAGAGACCCGAAUACGAGAGUGAGGGCAUGUGGAAGCUGCAGGAAGCUGCAGAGAUGGGUCGUGCUGCGGAAAUGGCACUGCGCGAGGUGUUGGGCAGUCUGGAGGCGGCACAGAAGGCGGUCACUCCUCAAAGACUGUACGAGGAGUUUGAUUACUUCGGCUUGAACUUUCCAGGUCUCACGCUGGCAGUUCUACCUCCCCCCUCCACCCUAUUCUCCCCGACGCCGUUUCCCUCUGCGGAUUCGUGGACGCUCGAGCCUCCAUCUCAGCGACAAUUUGAGACCAUGGGGCGCCUGUUGAACGAGCGUGUAAUUAAACGUCGCAAAACGGAACACGUUGCUGACGCUUUAGCGUUCAAACAUCACGCCCACCUCGCUGGCGCCUGGGAGCAUUGGCAGGCCAUGUCUGACCAAGAUCGCGCAACUGCCUGGAACCUGGAGACAUUGCGCACCAUCAGUCGAGGUCAAGAUCAACAGCACCAGCUUCGCUCUCAACUCGAGCGGUCGGAGCAGCGAGUGAGGCAUCUCGAGACGGAAUUCGACCGGCUCUCACGUUGCCAGCUUCCGCGGGAGUAUCUAAUGCAUCCUCCCAACACGACGCCAAUACCGACGAACAUCAUGAGGGAAGUCAAAUCGAGCCAGUUCAAAUCCGAAGUGGCGGCAAUGGGCUAUGACGCCGAAGCGAUCCUGGGUAAGUGGAGGAGCAACAUCCGCGCCACCACCAGGAAGGCCCACAACGUCUCCACGCAGAGCUCUACAAGUACCUCAUCACAGCAUUACACAAGGCAAAAUCGGCUCACGGAUGACAUACUGAUGAAUGGGUCUGUUUGGGGUGUUGGAGGGCCGAUGCCGCGGAUGCCACCGGGCCAGUCUGACCGGCCGGAGAUUCCGAAUACAGUCUGCUACGAAACGCCACCAGAACCUGGUGCUGUGGUCGGUGCGGACAACGACGGAAGAAGUCCAGUAGAUCUGGAUGCCGAUGGUGAGGAGGAAGAGAUUCCCCCAGGGGCGCGAGGGUACGACGGGUAUGACAAUGCCCUCGUAAGGAGAGUAGGCGAGGGCCUUCACGGUGGUGCCAAUGGGCUGAACUCGAACGGCAAGCGCGCGUUGGACCCGGUGUCGGCGAGCGGCCGGAGUGGUGGAGCGAAGCUCUACAAGGAGCAGCAGCAUAUCGAAGCCAACGGGCAGCCGGAGUGA